CUUGAACGGAGACUGCAAUGGCACCAACAGAGGAGGUUGUCGCCAUUGGAAUGGCGCCAACAGAACCAUGGAUUUCCGAUUCAACUGUCCAGAUAUGCCUGGCGCCAUACCCGUUCUUUCGAACCCUAAAUCAAUCCCCACGCGUCCCUUCACGUUUCUCCACGCUUCAAAUGGCUUCAACAAAAUCCCAUUUGACGUGCGACCAAAGAAAAGAAUUCUCGGUAAGCAUUUGCGCCACACCAAAACCAGGAAGAAUUUACGAUCCCUUUCCCUUUUCCUCUGUUUCUCCUUUUCCGUUUCGAUCACUCGAGGUUGUUGCCAAUGGCGGCGGCUGCUGCUGCUGCUGCUGCUGAGAAUGGGAUAUCCAGGGAAGUGCAGCUUUCUAUGGCGGUUUCUUCUAUGUUUCCUGGUUUUCGCUUUUCGCCAACUGAUGAAGUGUUGAUUUCGUUUUACCUCAAGAAGAAAUUGGAAGGCUAUGUUUCCUGCUAAAUCUAUAAUUCAAUCCGAUAAUGAGUGGUUCUUCUUCUCCCCUCGAGGAAGAAAGUACCCGAAGGGUAAUCAGACCAGGAGAGCGACUGAUUUAGGGUACUGGAAAGCCACAGGGAAAGAGCGUAAUGUAAAGUCAGGUUCCAAUGUUAUUGGUACCAAGAUGACUCUGGUUUUCCAUACUGGCCGUGCACCAAAAGGGGAAAGGACAGAGUGGAUUAUGCAUGAAUUUAACGCAAGGAUAAAGCUCAGCUCUUACUUUGGUGGUGACCCUAUGGUGAUUUGGUGUCAUCGUGUUACUUUUAACCACUCUGUUGCUCGUUUCCAUGUUGGAUAAAUAUGUCUUGUAUGGAUUUUGUCGCCUUUAUCGUUCGCCUCACUUGCUGAACUAGGAAUCUGUCGAAGUAUGGUGAAAGCUGAACUAGGAAUCUGUCGAAGUAUGUUGAAACUUCAGUU